AUGGCGAGUUCAACUCCGCAGAAUGUUAUUCGCAGGAAACUAGUCAUUAUUGGCGAUGGAGCUUGCGGCAAGACCUCUUUACUGAGCGUCUUCACGCUCGGAUACUUUCCAACCCACUAUAUUCCGACCGUAUUUGAGAACUACGUAACAGAUUGCAGAGUUGACGGCAAGUCGGUACAAUUAGCAUUAUGGGAUACGGCUGGUCAGGAAGACUACGAGCGAUUGCGACCGCUCGCAUACUCGAAGGCGCAUGUACUACUAAUAGGGUUUUCGAUCGAGUCGCCUGAUUCUCUUGACAACGUGAAGCACAAGUGGGUAGAAGAAGCAACAGAACGAUGCCCCGGCGUCCCAAUCAUCUUAGUAGGACUAAAGAAGGAUCUACGAGACGACCCAGUAGCGAUCGAGGAGAUGCGCAAGAAGAGCCUAAAAUUCGUGACGGAACGGCAAGGCGAACAAGCCGCGCAGGAGAUCGGCGCGCGCAAGUACCUUGAGUGUUCGAGUUUGAGCGGAGAAGGUGUCGACGAUGUGUUUGAGGCCGCCACCCGCGCCGCUCUCCUCACCUUCGAAAAGGGCGAAGGCGGCGGAUGCUGUGUUAUAUUAUAA